UUUUGUUCUUUUUCUCGCACCACAAAAGAGGUUUUAGCUUAAAGCGUUAAACCCUCAUUCUCCAUUCCCACUAAUAUCUCCUCCAUGGCUUUGAGGGCGGCGGCGAUGAGAUCGAUGGUGGCCGGUGCAGCUCCACCGGGAUUGAGGCGGUUGUGCUCGAAAGCUUCGGCUAAUUCCUUUAUGCCGCCACCAAUUGCAGCGAUGGGGAACGGUGAGGGAACUCCUGGUCGAGAGCAAGCGCCUCCAAGUACCAAUCUCUUUGUAUCCGGGCUUAACAAGCGAACUCCUUCAGAGAAACUUCGAGAAGCCUUUUCUGAGUUCGGCCGAGUAGUUGAUGCCAGAGUGGUGACUGAUCGAGUAUCGGGAUACUCUAAAGGGUUUGGUUUUGUAAGAUAUGCCACCAUAGAAGAGGCUGAGAAAGGCAGAGUGGGAAUGGAUGGCAAGUUCCUCGACGGUUGGGUUAUAUUCGCAGAGUAUGCAAGACCUCGGCCGGAACGAACUCCACCUCAGAACAUGAUGUCUAACUCAAAUGGCUAUAAUUCCUAUGGCCGGGAAUGAUUUCGAUCCUGAACAUGCUUUUUUCAUUUCAUCUUAAUCGGAGAUGGGUUUACACAGGGUCGGCGGAUCAUCUCUUACCAGGAGGAAAUUAAUUAUGAAGUGUGUGGUAUGGACUUGAAUGCAACAGGGAUGUAAUGAACUGUGGUAUAUCAUUCAAGAAUUAUAGGAAAAACAAUACCAGAUGUUGAACCUUUAAAUUAUU